AACAGAUCGGCACCUCCCUCCAUCCAGUCGAUUGAGAAAAGUGUAACUCCGUGUAGGAUUGCGUUGGAGAGCGAAGCACAACAAAGGGAGGGAGGAGGGAGGGAGGGAGGAGCGGGAGAAAGAGCACCUAGGCUUCCAAACCUGGGAAGAAAAAUCCUUCUAAGGACGCUCGCUCGCUCGCUUUCGCCUGGUAUGUUUAGAAAUAAUGCCCGAUCUAGUCUGGGAAAGCGACUCCGAAGCGGGAGACCAAGGCGCAGCAGGGACCGUUUCCUUGGAAGAGGCAAAUAGCAAAACGGAAGGUUUGCAUGGCAGAGCAGCUCCCUGGAUUUGGAAGCCCGGCGCGAGAGAAGAGACGCUAACCUGACCACCUUUCCGGAGGCGCUGGGUGGGGGCGGGGAACCCUGGGGUUCCCGUUCAGGCAGGGCUUGCUGUGCCUGCACUUGGUCUCACCUCUGCCUGCAGCCACUCCCAGCAGGGGAGAGGAGCGCGCCAGACCAGCCGCUCGCAGCCCGCGCCUCUUUGCCCAGCGCGUCUCCUAAGCGGCCACGGCUCCCUCCUGCCCGAAGGCUGCGUGCGCGCCUCGCCAGCCAGCGCGAGGUUUCCUCUCUCCCCACCCCGAGUUCCCCGGGGGUGGGCAGCGCAGGACCGGGGCUGCAACACCGACAAGCCCCUCCCUGCUCUCCGCCGCGGCGGCAGCACCUGUGGAGCACGAGGCGAGCGGGGCCCCGCCGCCUCCCUGGCGCAGAGCGGAGCCCAGGCGUCCCCGGCGUUGCGCGUCUCUUGCCCAGGCGCCGCUUUUCUGGGUGCCACGCCCGGGUUUGCAGGACGCCGCCGCCGCCGCCGCGGAUCGGCACAGGGAAGGGCCGGAGCGAUCGGGACGUGCCCGCAGGCUGGCAGCGCAACAUGAGGCGAAGAGCGAGCCGGGCGGCGGGCAGCGCCGAGGGGCGGCGGGGGAUUCUGCUACGCUGAAAGCCCGGGAGGGAAAAGAAGACCAGGGGAGCCUCGAACCCGCGGCGUUGCUACGGAACGGCCCCGACUCUCACCGGGAUGGGGAGGAGAGGCGCUUCCUAAAUGCCUCGCCGGCGGCUUCCCCGAGCAGGCGUGCAACAAAUGGCAGCCAGGGCUGGGAGCCGGGCUGCAGUGGCGGCAGCGGCGACUCCCAGGUGAGGCUUCGAGGCUCCGGGCUGCAAACUGCAGCUCUCCGUGCAUGCCUGAGCCUCGCCUUCUCCGCCCGAGUCCCCCCCGCCGCUCUUGGCAUCUGUUUUUCAAAAGAAAACUGGUCAUGAGGAAGUCCUCACAGUAACACAUUCUCAGAUGACACCACCGAAGAGAAUGGGGUUGUGAUUUUGUUACCCAAGAACCUUUGCCACCACUGUUGGGUAAAUGAGAAGCGGCCGUGUGAUUAUGCUGACAUCCCAGCAUGCAUUUGGUAGACUUGUGGUUAACUCGUUCCCUCUCCAUGUGUCUGCUUCUACAAAGCUUUGUCCUCAUGAUACUGUGCUUUCAUUCUGCUAGUAUGUGUCCCAAAGGUUGCCUUUGUUCCCAUUCUGGAGGUUUAAAUGUCAGCUGCAGCAAUGCAAACCUCAAGGAAAUACCAAGAGAUCUUCCUCCCGAAACAGUCUUACUUUAUCUAGACUCCAAUCAGAUAACAUCCAUCCCCAAUGAAAUUUUCAGGGACCUGCACCAACUGAAAGUCCUAAACUUAUCCAAAAACAUUAUUGAAUUUAUAGACGAACAUUCAUUCAAAGGAGUGGCAGAAACCUUGCAAAUGCUGGACUUGUCUGACAACCGGAUUAAAAGUGUGCACAAGAACGCUUUCAACAAUUUAAAAGCUCGAGCCAGAAUCGCAAACAAUCCUUGGCACUGUGACUGCACUUUGCAGCAGGUCCUGAGAAGCAUGGCCUCCAACCACGACACCGCCAACAGUGUCAUCUGUAAGACUUCAGACAUAGAUGAACACGCUGGGAGACCAUUCCUUAAUGCUGCUGAUGCUGACCUCUGUAACCUUCCUAAAAAAACUACUGAUUAUGCCAUGCUGGUCACCAUGUUUGGCUGGUUCACCAUGGUGAUAUCCUACGUUGUUUAUUACGUCCGGCAAAAUCAAGAGGAUGCACGCAGGCACCUUGAGUACUUGAAAUCACUGCCAAGCAGGCAAAAGAAACCUGAGGAAGCAGAUGACAUUAGCACUGUGGUAUAGGGCCAGUACUGGCUUUGAUCGCGAGUUUAGAUGAGGGUAGCACGAACACCAGAUGUUUACUUCUGACAUUUGUUGUAAACAUGUAAGACUUUUUUCCCAAUUCAACUGAAUUACACCGCUGUCAAAUCUUUUUAACAAAAGAUUUCUGUUUGGGGGUGAUUACAGUACACCUUUAUUGUUUCUUUGGUGGUAUUCUAAACCAAGUAAACUAAUAUGUAAACAUUAGUUUAGACCCAUUCCACUCUUUAAUAAUGAAAUUUAUUUUUUUAGUUUAAAAAAAACCAAAUAAAAGCUUAACUUUGAACCAUGGAAA